CCUUUUCGUGUUCAUCGAUUAUCAAUAGAAUAUCUGCCUUCUAACAGUAGGGCACACGCAUAUAUCAAGCCCAUAAGCGAGGAACCCAAACUGCACCAUGCGCUCUCUGUCGGUCCUCGCAAUCGCCAUCUGCGCACGUUUGGCCCUCGCUGCGCAAUCGCCAUUUACACUUGGCUGUGCCCAUCAAGUCGAUUCGGAUAAUGGGUGUGAUCAAUAUAAUUCUCAAUUUUAUGAAACAACGAAUUCAGAAGUAUCAACUUACGCGUCGACAAUCGUUUCGACGCUGUCGUCUUCGCCCUACCAUACAACAUUCCUCCGUCUACUUCAAAGAGCAAAAUGCAUACCUAUGCUAGCUUAUAUUGGCAAUGCCACUGUAUUCGCUCCUACGGAUCAAGCAUGGAAAGAAUGGGCCGAGCGGAAUACACCUGGUCUUUCAGUAUCUGAUGCUGACCAUGGAGAAUAUGUGAAUGGAUGGCUAGGACCUGGUGGUCUGGAUGACUGGCUCAAAGAUGAAGAAGAAGUAAUAUUAUCCCGUGUGGUCAUUAGUGGAGACGAAGAUAUGGAAAGGAGAAUCAUGGACAAUCAAAAUUGGGCUCUUCGACAACAUUUGCUCUACCACAUGUUCAAUUAUACUCUUCCUUUAUCGUCUUUUCUCCCCUCUGACGUCUCAAACGUUACUCUUCAGACAACGCUUUUGUAUCCUCUGAACGAGCAACCUCCUCUACCCCCAGUCCCAGAACCGGGUGCCCCUUGGCUACCUCAAGGCGGUGAAGGUUUGCUAGGAGGGCAUGGUCAACGUCUCAGGAUAGCAAGGGUAGGAAGUAAAGAGGGUGGAGAGAAAGGCAAAGCAGGGGUGGAGUGGAAUGGGGAAGGUGGAGUAGAAAUUUGGGAUGGGAAGGGAUGGCCAAAAGGAAAUGACUCAGCCAGUGAGGUGCCAGGAGCGAGAUGGGUGAGAAAUGGGGUGGUAGUUGGUAUCGAUGGUGUUCUUGACAUGCCUCCUACCAUAGAGGAGAUUAUUCGUACUCACCCUUCUCUAUCUUAUCUCUCUUCCAUCCUCUCCCUUUCAUCUCCCCCAACGCCCCUGCCUUCAUCUUUCUCUUCGACGCCCCACUUGACGGUCUUUGCCCCUUCCAAUGAAGCAUUCAUGGAAGGCUUUGAUGAUAUCGAAAAGGGAUAUUUAAAAGGACCAUAUGGGGAGGAAGGUGUAGGGAGGAUAGUUUCGCAAAGCGUGAUACUGGGCAAGGAUGGCAAAGGAGUCGUUUGGAGUGAUACGUUGGGCAAGAAGAACAGCGAAUUCGACGCUAUUUCUGGAGAACGUCUUGAGAUUUCCUCAUCUUCUCCAUUUAUAAUCACCGUCAACAAUACCUCCCCAUCCACACCUGAUAUUCUAGCGUCCAACGGCGUCAUCCACAUUCUUCCCUCUCUCAUUCUUCCUCCUUCAUUCAACUUGCUCAAUUCCGCGGAGAAGAUGCUUCUGUCUCUCAACGCUACCCAGUUUGUCUCUUUAAUGCGCUCUGCCAACUUGUCAGAAGAGUAUAUUGGCAAAGAUUCCAAAGGAGGAUAUACUCUUUUGGCACCGACGGAUGAUGUGCUGGACGUCUUGGACAAGUGGGAUGGGCUUUCGACUAAAGGCACAAGGGAGUUAUCCAAUAUAUUCUCCGGCAUCUCCAAAAAACCUUCCUUCCCAGACCCUUCGCCUUUAUCCGCAUUGCUGCGAUACCAUAUUCUUCCUCAGCGCCUUCUCCCUACAGACAUUGUGGACGGUCAGCUUCUAUCAACUGAACUGCAGACCUCGUCUUUGAAUGGAGCAAGGCAAAGAUUGAGAGUCGACGUGGCCGAAAAGGAUGGAAAAGAGGGAAAGGGUAAAGCAAGGAGCGGGUGGGAGACUGUGGGACAGGGUGAAGUGAGGUUUGGCGGAGCGACCGUUUUAGGGAAGCCCGUGAAAUCAGGUAAUAACGUCAUCUAUCUCAUAUCUACCCUCCUCUCUCUACCUGACACGGUGUUGCAAACCGCUGUAUCAGACCUUCAGCUAUCCACUUUCAUCGCCGCCCUAUACGCCUCUGACUUGGCUAAAACCACCAAACGUCUACCCGCCAUCACGUAUUUUAUCCCGCAAAACCCUGCCUUUACCGAUCUCGGUUUGGCGAUGGAAUGGUUACUUACAGCUGACGGCAAAGAUGAUCUCAGAAAGGUUGUCAAGUAUCACAUGGUGGAAGGGAUCGUCUACUCUGAAGAUGUGGAGGAUGGGAAAAGGAUUCACCAGACUGUAGAGGGCGGUGAUGUGGUCAUUGAACGCACUAAGCCCCCUCAUGGGCAUGGACCUGGUAUCAUCACCAUUGGAUCACCUACGAAAUGGCCAUCCCACGAUUCUGGCUCAUCCCUCCCUUCCAAUGGUGAGCUCUCUCCGGCCAACGUCACCCUCCCGGACAGCCUUACCGAUACCGGUGUGAUCCAUACGAUUGACCAGGUGGUCCUUCCCUCGGAUGUUGAUUUGACGGUGGGCAAGUUGAUCAAGGGCAGUAAGCAGUUGACGAUGAGUGAUUUGAUGAUUCGGGCCGGAUUGGGAUGGAUAUUGGAAGGGAGAGAACCUACUAAAGAGGAGGUACAGAAGGCCGAGUUGGAAGGAAGGGUUAGAAGUUGGGAUGAAGAUGAAGAUGAAGAUGGAGAUGGAGAUGGAGAUGAAGAUGGAGAUGGAGAUGAAGGAAAGGAAGGCGAUUUUGCGUACCCUGCUUACAUCGUACUCUGUCCUUCUGACAAAGCGUUUUCCAAGCUCAACCUGACCCAUUACAUCUCCACUCCUUCCGCGCUCCUCUCCUUGCUGAAGCUUCACAUCAUUCCCUCUUCCUCUCUUUCUUCAUCGUCCUCUCUCUCAUCCACCAUGCCACCUCAAAACGGACAACCCCUCGCCCUCAACGACGACUCUGUUUACAAAACGCUCUUAUCAACGUCUAGCAAGUAUGGUGACCUAGCAUUCAGAGGGACAGGUGAUGGCGACUGGAUUGUGGGUAUAAAAGACGCACGAGGUGGGGAAAGAGUGAGGGGAGAUUCGGCCAGAGUGGGUAUGACAGGGCGAGCUAGUGUGAGGUGGAGGAAUUCCCGAAAGAGUGCCUCUCCCAACUCUGAUGACGACGGGGAAGAAGAAGAUCGGAAGCAUCGCGAUGGACGAGACAGGUUGUGGGAAGGUGGGAUGACUCUUGGAGGUGGAGUGAUGAUGAUUGAUUCAGUUCUUAUCCCUUAUGAACCCAGCUGGUUCUCUAGAUGGGGAUUGCUUACAAUCACUCUGGCUGGUAUCAGCAUCCUCUUACUAGCAGCCGCUGGUAGUAUAGGAUACUGGUUCUGGACGAGGAAAGAUGACUACAUGCCAAUCUUGGUGGAAGAGGAUGGUGAACCGGAAGGGGAGGAGCACGCCUGAGCAUUGAAGAUGAGCUGGAUAUUAAUUGUGAUCUAAGUAGAUGUUGUAAGAACUGUCCAUGUAUCAGUUGACGGUGCGGCUGUUAUGGGGCUGAAAUGUCAGCGGAGGACGGCACGAGGAUUAGAUGUAGAGGAAUUAUGACUCGUACUUGUUACCAGACUGCAUACUCUUGCCUUAUCAUGCA